CGCUUCUUUGGCCCAUUCACUCACUCUCUCUUCCCUCUUUCUCUGGCGCCUAGAAACUGAGACGCCGCCGCUCGCCAUUGAAUCUCAUGCUACGGCACAUUGGAUCCUCCCAGAUCAAUCGCCAGGAUGUGUUUUGAUCGUUAAAGUGCACGCGGCGGUGGUACUCCGGAACGAGGCAUGGCAAAAGUGGCUACGCCAAGUUCUGUGCCUCCGAGUUCUCAUCAAAUUGGCGCAGGGCCUUUAAAAAGUGGAUCCAUGGUUAAAAGAAAGACACCGUCAGAACUUAGGGGAGAGCUAUUGAAGCGAACUAGUGUUGUGAACCUUACUGAUGAAUCUUCAUCUCCCUUGGCUGAUCCUACAAAGACCACUGAGGUGGAUAAUGGAUUUAAAAGACCGGGUUUGUCGAGGACCCCUAGAUACACUGAAACACGGGUUGAUGAAGUAUUUGCUGCCAAAAAGCCCAGGUUUAAAAUUCCAUCUGGAAAGGAAAAUGCAAGGGAAAAUCCAUCUUCGGAGAAAAUUGAUAGUCUGAAGAAUCUUUCAGUUUUUUCAACUUUAGAGGCUAAAAGGAGGCAAGGAAUUUCAUGCUUAGCGAAUUCUGUUGCUUCAAAUGAGGUUAGUAAAGAUGGUGUAUUACAUGCUUGUCAAACAAAUGAAAAGUGCAGCCAAGGAAAGUUUCUAAGUGUUGCUGAGCUUUCGUCAGCUGCUGAUAGAUCUUCUGGCUUGGCAGCAGCUAUUGACAUGGGUAAAGCAUUAAGAGGACUAGCUGCACUUGAUUCCUUUGAUGACAAUGGUGUGCUUGCUGAUUCAGCUAAAGGACACACAGAUUUGACAACAACCAUUGCAGGAAAUUUCUUAUCUGAGUGUCAUGUGCCUGGCCAGAAGGUCCCCUUGGAUCUUACUCUAAAAACCAGUAUGCGGAUAGUAUCAUCCUCUUCUGUGAAUUGGUCAGUUAUUCGUGGUACCAUGCCUCAGUCAAACUUCCGGCAUUGUUCUUUCAAGAGUCACAAUAUUAGAGGUUCUGAGGGCUUUAAAGUUUUACAUUCAUGGAUGUAUCCUCAAUCUGUUCUACCACCUUCUCUCAUAUCAAUCUUGAGCUCAUCAACAGCAGAUGGAGAAUUGGAAUUCUUAAGGAAGCGACAAGCAGCUUGGGAAGAAUCCUUCCGAGACCUCUAUUAUAAGCUUCGAGGGAACAUUUGUGGCCUUUUUUAUGUUUGCACGUCCCAGUUUGUGGUGAUGUUCACUGCUGACAAAAGCUCUGGGAGAUCCAAAUGUUCAUGCAAUGCUUAUAUCUCUCAGUCCACCCGAGGUUUAAGAUCAUUGUUAAAAGAGCAUGAUCUUUGUUUUACUAUGCCUCUUUGCCGUUCAAAAGUGGAACAAGUUGCUACUGAGGAUCUAGUUGAGUUGUCAGAGAUAGAGAAGCAGAACUUAGGACAGACCCGAAGAUUAAGGUCAUUUUCUGAUGUUGACAAUAGCCCAGAAUCUUUGCUGGUUUUUAGUGGCAACAACAAUGUACAUGGUUUAUAUGACCUUUUACUAAACUACAGGUGACUGACCUUUUAAUUUCUUGAUAGUGUGGACGUACCUGUAUUGUGCUCACCUGUACCGUUUCAAAAUUCUGCUUUGUCUUCUCCUGAUAUUAAAUGCAUGGAGACGAGAAGAGCUGAAGACAUUGCUGUUUCUUAUAAUGGGUCUAUAUGGAUAGAUGGUGACACUGCACGAGGGUCAUCAGAUGGCCUUUCUACCAUCGAAAUUAAGGAUGCAUUUCUUCCACCUUGGAUUAUUGGUGGUAUAUGUGCAUUGAUGACCUCUGAAGGAAGAAGCUUUGAGGCCAGUUUUGCGACGGAACCUAUGUCCGUUGGCUUGAAUGUUGCCCUAAAAUCAACUUGUGAGAAGUCGGAAUCUAAAGCUCCCUGUGGUGAAAGUUUGCAAGACUGCAGUGGUACAUUUGGCAUUCCAGAAGCCGUAGUCACGUCUCGACUGUGCUCAUGUUCCCUAAAAGGCGUGAAGUACUGUGAUGGUUCUUAUACAGCAUCACUAUCCCCUCUAUAAUCAAUCAUAUCAAAACAAGUGAGUAACUUAUAUUCAUCACAUUGAUGGCUAGUUUGUUUAAAUUCCUAACCGUCCGUUGAACCUCCAGAAAAUUAAAAACAAGGAAUUUUGUACUUCGAAAUGGAAAACUGGAGGAACAUGUUGCCAACCAAGAAUUUGUAAUA